ACUCACCUACAGAUCCUCCAACAGACCCUCCUACUGAUCCCCCAACGGAACCCCCUACUGAUCUUCCAACGGAACCCCCUAGUGAUCUCCCAACUGAUCCUCCAACCGACUCUCCUACUGAUCCACCAACUGAGCCACCAACUGUGCCACCUACAGAACCUCCUACAGAACCCCCGACUGAUCUACCUACAGAUCCUCCAACUGAUCCUCCAACAAAUCCACCAACGAACCCUCCAACGGAUUCACCAACUGAUCCUCCAACAGAUCCACCAACUGAUCCACCUACAGAUCCUCCAACGGACCCACCUACUGAUCCUCCAACGGACCCACCAACUGAUCCUCCAACGGAACCCCCUACUGAUCCUUCAACGGAACCCCCUACUGAUCUUCCAACGGAACCCCCUACUGAUCCACCAACUGAGCCACCAACUGUGCCACCUACAGAACCCCCGACUGAUCUACCUACAGAUCCUCCAACUGAUCCUCCAACUGAUCCUCCAACUAAUCCACCAACGAACCCUCCAACGGAUUCACCAACUGAUCCUCCAACAGAUCCACCAACUGAUCCACCUACAGAUCCCCCAACGGAACCCCCUACUGAUCUUCCAACGGAACCCCCUACUGAUCUUCCAACGGAACCCCCUACUGAUCCACCAACUGAGCCACCAACUGUGCCACCUACAGAACCUCCUACAGAACCCCCGACUGAUCUACCUACAGAUCCUCCAACUGAUCCUCCAACAAAUCCACCAACGAACCCUCCAACGAACCCUCCAACGGAUUCACCAACUGAUCCUCCAACAGAUCCACCAACUGAUCCACCUACAGAUCCUCCAACGGACCCACCUACUGAUCCUCCAACGGACCCCCCUACUGAUCCUCCAACCGACCCUCCUACUGACCCACCAACUGAGCCACCAACUGUGCCACCUACAGAUCCUCCAACUAAUCCUCCAACAAAUCCACCAACGAACCCUCCGACGGAUCCACCUACAGACCCACCUACAGAUCCUCCAACGGACCCUACUACUGAUCCUCCAACGGACCCUCCUACUGAUCCUCCAACGGACCCCCCUACUGAGCCACCAACUGUGCCACCUACAGAACCCCCGACUGAGCCACCAACAGAACCUCCAACUGAUCAAACUACGACUACAACAACAGUUCCUCCUUACAAACAACGAAAACGUCGUAACAAUAAAACGAAGAGAAAGUAUGGAAAGCACGGAAAGUAUGGAAAGCACGGAAAGUAUGGAAAGUAUGGAAAAACUGAUAGCCCAUGAAAUUCUUAUUGGGUCUAACAUUCUUAUUGAGUUUUAGCUUAUUAAAACAAAUAAAGUAUUUGAAAAUUUAUUUAACUAAACAUUAA